AUGAGAAGGCAGGGACAAUAUGCCGAUUCCAGCAUGAAUGCCGCGGUCAAUGCUCAGAUGCACCACAUCUCAGGUCAUAGAAUGCAGCACUCUUCUGGAAUGAACCAUUUUCCAGGAAGGGCAGAGUCGUUGCCUAGUGACGAUGAGUACUUAUCAUCAAAACCUGAGGGGCAGUGGCAAUGGGAUAGAGAUGGACCAAUGGGAACAAAUUCAUCAUCAUCUCAUGGAUACAGAGAAGGUAUGUUCUGGUUCUGUUCAGUCGUAAUAGCCCUAUACGUUGUUGCGAUUCCACUCGCCUUUACUGGUGAAUUUUGGUCAUUUUGCCCAAUUCUUUUGGCAGAAUACUAAACAAGUGUCAUGUUCUGUCGUUUAACAUUCUAUUCAUCUUCCUGUUCCUCGAAGUUUUAGGAUGCGCUCUCAUAAGAGAUAUGUUUUUCUCUUCAAGUGCCAUGUUCCGGUGAAUGACUGUUAUCUCUAGAGUAUUUCAACUAGAUUAGCUAAAAUUUUGGAUUUUCUGUUAAAAAUUACCAGGCAAGUUCCUUGUAGAAAGAAUUGGGUGGACUACUUUUGACCUCAUCAUGUUCAGUCGGUCAUAAAUAUUAUUUAUUUUCCCUAGAAGCAAAACCUAAGGCAAUUUACUUAUCUUGAAGAAUAUAACUAUAUAUCAGUUCCUGACAUAUAUGGAUUAUGUAGCUUUUUUCUUGUUUAGUUUAUUUGAGUCAUAUUGUAGCACACUGGCUUAGUCAGGCAUUUUGCAGAUGUUUCUCCCUGAUGUUUUAUCUGCUGAAAACCUUUGUCAUUUGUACCGUCUCAUGUCAUUCGAAAAUAGUCCACUUUUGAGGGUGGACUUCCAGUCUAAUGUUCCUCGUUGAGGCUGCUGUUACAAAUAAGAACUUAUUGAUAUUAGAUGUAAAGCUUCCCACCUGAGGAUGACCAAAUAUUGCAUCCAUGUCAUCCUACAGCAUUAUUGGCAAUUUGAUGUCAAUGAUUGUUCCGACUAGAGACGUAUCAACGGGAAUAAUUGCCUGUGUACUUCAACAGGAAAUAGUUUCAUGAGUAAAAUUAUGCAUUCCUUAUGCAUUGCAGUUUGAAUCUUUUGCCAGUGAAAUGAGUCAAUCUCCUUCAGAAUGCUUUUUCGGUCGUCAUUCAAGAUAAACUUCUAAUUUGAUGAAAAUUUUGAAUUUCCUAUCGCAUAAAAUAUUCGCAGUAAGUACUAUAUGAGCACAAACCACAAAUAGAAAUUAGUGUGAUCCGUCGAACUGUUGAAGGAUUCCACAAUUAGAAAUUACUAGUUUUUGUAGUAAUAAAGGGACGCCAAAUCAAAUCUUAGCUUUCAUGGAAGGACAAUUUUCGUUUCUACCUCUUGUCUUCGAAUUGGUCAUUGUUGUACAUCAUUAACUAAGUUUGAAGGACGUUAUUUUGUCCUCCGAAAAAAUUGGAGCUUUGAUGCUAUAAUUUUAUCCAGGUAGAAAAAUGUACCAUAAGUGAGGAUACAUAGCAAGUUGCUGGUGACCAAUGAAAUGCAGUGUGAUAUCAUUUAUAUUGGCAAGUUAAUGUGUACUCUGGCUUGUAGGAUACUCUCAUUCCUAGGAACUGAAUGUAUUUUUCUUGUCCUUAAGGCAUAGAUAGUAUGGCGCACUGAUAAAGUUAUGCAUUGGUGUAAUCAUUUGAUAAGCCAUGAAUCGGCCUUUCAAGUAUACAAGUUAAAUCGAUGGGAAAGGUCAUUGAGCGGUUUGCCUGUUUGCUAACUGUUGAAUUGGCUGUGCAAACAUUUAAAUUAAACAGAAGCCUACGAUCUUCCACUAGGACUAGAUUUUUUGUUCUUUUUUACAAGAGACUGACAAGAACCGAUUGGAAUUCAGAGAUUAGUUAGAUCUGCAAAUAUUGCUUAUCUGAAGUACAAAUGGUAAAUUCAUCAAAAGAAAUACACACUACUUUAGACUGUGGCUCAUACUGCUCAGAAGGCCAAGAAUAUUUAUUCUUCAGAAAUGAUUGCUCUUUUGCUAUUUCUUUUAUGCAGUGCAGCACUGAAGGUGUUACCCUGGCACUGAAGUUCUCCAUUUGGAGCAUGAGUUCCCAAAUUUUAUCUUGAUAAGACUGGAGAAAAGUGUCUGCGUGAUUCAACAUCCGACUAUAAUCUGGCUAGGAAGGUUAUGGGUAAUAUUGCGCACAGCAUAAAUAGGUUGGAUCAUGUAUGAUUUAAUCCUUUUACCCUGAGAUUGAUUGGUCAAGUUGAGCACGUGAAGUAGGUUGAUGAAAUUCUUCCUUGUGGGGAUGUAGCUGCAAUAUAUUUGUUGAGAACUAGGUUUUUACUUUUGUUUAUAUCGAAUGGUGAAACAUUAGAAAUGGAGGUUGUGUAGGUUUUGGAGAGAGGUCGUAGGCCGAAACCGUUCUUCAUUGCAUUUUUCUUGAAUGAUUUGCAGAUCCAUCUCUAAUCCUCUAGGCAAUUAGGUUCAAAACCCAGCAGACUCAAGAAAUAACAAUGCAUAUGCUUCGGCCCUAGGGUCACCUAUAUCUCUCUUGCUAUUCAGUGUUGGGCCAUCUCUUCUCAGCUGGACUUGGUAUUGGAUGUAUGUCCAGGGAAUGAUUCAUCUCAACCUGUAUUUCAAGGUCAAAGAUCAGAUCCAAAGAUGCUUACAGAGAAACAAGUCAAUGCUGACCCAAGAUCACAGUCCCACGAACAGGAGAUGGAAGCUGGUUAUGAUGAUGGCUCAUUUCCCCAGACGUUCGAAGGUCUUGAGAGGAAGUUCCUUGAAGACAUCAUGAAACUGACGAAGGAGCAUGACAAUGCAGAGGAUGCCGAGAAUGCUCGCCAUAGAGAGGUAAAAUAAUUUAAUAUCCGUACCUGUCGACAUCGACAUUGUAGGAGCACCCAAUUCGUCAUAACCCGUUUCAUGUCUAUAGAGAGGUUAAUAACCAGCGAUUAAGAUGCUCUGCAAAACUCCAUGUCUAAACAAGCUCUUGCUUGCAUCUCAGGGAGCAAGAACUUUUUGGACAGAAGUAUAUAAAAUGGUUUAUCUUCUCGAUUUGCGAGGUGAUAACCAUCAUUCGCGGAGCUCCUGCGCUCUUGUGCUUAUUAGAUGUCUGCACCCUCUCUCUUCUUGCCAUUCUAACAUGCUCUGAUAUCUGAUCAUAUUAUUCAUGCUGGUUACAAUGUGAGGAAAUAACAUAUUGAAUGAUCUUGGAAAGCUUGAAGUAGCGGCCUCAUUAGUUAACACAAUGGUUUUAGGUGAAAGGCGUCCUGGCUGAUAAAGGAUCAUUUCCAUUGAUUGUUGGGUUUUAGUUGCCUGAUAUGACUUUCUUUCAUUCAUGAGCAUAAUUUAUUUUAUGCGAUAUUUUCUGCUUCAUUGCAUUUCUUCUAGUCAGCAGGUUUGAUCACUUCCAAGCUCACGACAGCUGUUUUGUGUCUGGUUUACAGAGAUUGAAUGAGAUAAACGGGCAGUAUCAAGAGAAAUUAUUGUCUAUUCGUGCCCGCCAGGUCGCCAUGAGAGACGAUUUCCUCCGAAGGGAACAGCAGAUCCGCCACCAGCAGUAUCAGCAGGCUUACCUGAGCAGCUACCAAGGCAGCGGCGGGGCCGAUCCUCAUCAUGGCUUUGGCUCGGCCACCGCCGCCGCUGCGGCUGCACUUGGAGAAGGUCCCCGCUCUUAUGGCGGAGGCCAAUUUAACUCCUACAGAGAGCGACAGCAGCUCAGCGGCAGUGGCGGCGGCAGAGGCCGAGGCUUUGAGUCUCGUGUGCCCUACCAUGGUGGUGGCCGAGCCUAUGGCUCCAAUUCCCGCUAUUACUGA